GUCAAUUGAAUUAUUUUGAUUUGUCAUUAUUAACCGCAACAUCAAGAGUUGUUAGUUAUUUUAAGUAUUUCAAUUCUUAUAAGUUAAGAAUGGCUACGGAACGGUACAGUUUUUCUCUAACGACUUUCAGUCCUUCUGGAAAGUUGGUGCAAAUUGAAUAUGCCUUAGCUGCAGUUGCGGCUGGAGCACCUUCUGUAGGAAUCAAAGCUUCUAAUGGUGUAGUUAUCGCAACAGAAAACAAACAUAAAUCCAUACUUUAUGAGGAACAUAGUGUUCACAAAGUUGAGAUGAUAACAGAUCACAUUGGAAUGGUAUAUUCAGGCAUGGGACCUGAUUACCGCCUGUUGGUGAAAGAAGCCCGUAAGAUGGCUACACAAUACUUUCUGGUAUACAGAGAACCUAUCCCAACUGUUCAGUUGGUCCAGCGAGUUGCAGCCGUUAUGCAGGAAUACACUCAAUCUGGAGGUGUCAGACCGUUUGGCGUUUCCCUGUUGAUUUGUGGAUGGGACAACAAUAGACCAUAUUUAUUCCAGUGUGACCCAUCUGGCGCUUACUUUGCGUGGAAAGCCACAGCCAUGGGUAAAAAUUAUAUUAAUGGAAAAACAUUCUUAGAGAAAAGGUUCAGUGAGGAUCUAGAGUUGGAUGAUGCAGUUCACACAGCUAUUUUAACUUUAAAAGAGAGCUUCGAAGGACAGUUAACUGCUGAUAAUAUUGAAGUGGGAAUAUGUGAUCAAACUGGUUUCAGAAGGUUAGAACCUUCUCAUGUUAAGGAUUACUUGGCAAACAUUCCAUGAAUGUUGAUCAAUGUUUUCAUCCACUUGUAACUUUCAAUUGAUAUUUCAGUGUAAUAAAAUUUUUGGCGAUUUC